UCAAUCUUGAAAAUACCUCAAUUACUAAAAUGUAGUAAGAGUGUUUGGUAGAGUAAAAAAAUCUAUUUUUUAUUUUAUUAACAAAUUGUUUGUAAAAAUAAUCAACAUAUAAAGAAUAGGAAUAAUCUAAUAAUUAGAUGAGUAUUUGUUUUUUACUUCAUUUUUUAAUUUAAUUAUUGUUAGUCAUUUCCUAAAAAAUUGGAAAUGAAGUUCUAUGCAGUAAACAAGGAGACUGUAAUUCUGAUAAAUGUGGCGUUUUUCCUGGAGCAGUUUGGUAGGAUGGAUUAUAGGAAGGUUUUUGUGCUAUCCAAGACUGUUCUGUUGCUUAAUUACCUAGCUCAGAUUUGAAUGAUUCCAUUUGCGGAAGCUGUCCUCCUAAUUUAGGUGCUAUUUAUGCUUCCUCAGAUAGAAAAAAUUGUGUAGCAUCAACUCAAUCGUGCAGCUCUAAUUCAAAUUUUUCAGAUAAUAUUUGUUAAAUUUGCAAUCCUUCUAAAUAGUAUGCAAGUUCUGAUAAAACAUAAUGUGUUGCUUCUUCUCAUCCAUGUAACGUAACUUCUGGUUGGAAUGAUUCAAACUGUUCAUUAUGCAUCCCAACAAAGCCUUAUGCUUCUCUAGAUGGAAAAACUUGUGUAGCCUCAACAAUCCCUUGCAAUUCUACUUCAGGUUGGACUGAUUCUAACUGCUCUUAGUGCUAUCCUUUAAAACCAUAUGCUUCAUUAGAUGGUAAAAGCUGUGUAAAUUCAACUAUUUCUUGUAAAUCUUAAAGUGGUUGGACUGAUUAUAAUUGUGCUAUUUGCUAUCCUACAAAAAAAUAUGCUAGUCUAGACCAAACAACAUGCAUUUCAUCAUCUUAGUCAUGUACAUCACCAACAAAUAUGACUGAUUCAGAUUGUUUAUUGUGCAAUCCUACUACACCAUAUGCAAAUAUAUUAUAAAUUUAUUGCGUUGCUUCCUCUGUUUCGUGUAUCAACAGAAAUCCAAAUAUGGCUAAUUAAAAGUGGACUGAUAGUGAUUGCUAAGCAUGCUACUCUGUUGGCUAUAGAGCUCAACUAAAUGGGUCUGCUUGUGUUAAUUGUAAUGCUUCUUUAGGAUUAUCAAACGCCGAUUGCUCUUUAUGCAAUGGGUAAGGGAUUGGUACUAAUUAAUAUGCUAAUUAUUUAGGAUCUUGCGUUCCAGUUAAUUGCUCAAAAACCAGUGGAUGGGUUGAUUCUGACUGCGAAGUUUGUAAUUCAACAACACCCACUGCAUCAAGUGAUGGAACUAUAUGCUUGAACACAACAUACUCAGCUCUACUCUUUAUUCAUAUUAUAAACUUUAUUUUCCUUUUAAAUGUUUGAUCUUUAUCAAUGACUUUAAUUAACGAGUAAUAAAUAUCUCUUCUUAGUUUUUAAUAAGUGCUACUUACUCUCAAAUAUAAAAGUUAUUGCCAAUUAAAAAAGUGAUCUUACUAUCUGUCUUCUAUAUAUUUAUUUAUUUAUAAAAGUCCUAUUUUCUUUAUUAUAUUAUUUUUUUAAAGUCCUUUU